CCCUCCUCCAGCCCUUGUCCGCUCCGCGAGGAAGUGUCCGAAGAGUUUGAGAAAGUCGGCGCGCGCCCUCCGAACCACACCCGAAGAUGUCCGAGCAGCUUUAUCCUCCUUUUACCGAAAUAGUAACACCUCAAUCAUUAUGUUGACGGACAAAACGUGACUUUAUACCGACUCUGGACCUCUGGGUUCUCUAAAACCUCAUUAAGAACAUGGCAAAUGUUAAAGUUGCCGUUCGGGUGCGACCUCCGAGCGCGAGGGAGAGCACCGAUGGAGGAAGGAUAGCAGUUCAGGUGGAGGAUAAGUUUGUGCGAAUCCAAAAUGUGAAGUUGGAUGGAUGUACGGAGGGAUCUGUGGAUUCCAGGGAGAAGCUCCUGGAGUUUUGUUUUGAUUACUGCUACUGGUCUGUGGACCCGGCAGACCCUCACUACGCUGCACAGGAGGAGGUGUUCCAGGACUUGGGUGUGUCUGUGCUGUCUGGAGCGUCUGAAGGCUAUAAUGUGUGUCUGUUUGCUUAUGGCCAAACAGGAUCUGGAAAGACGUACACCAUGAUGGGAACACCGGACUCCAUUGGCUUGACUCCUCGUAUUUGUCAGGGUCUCUUUCGUGCUGAAGACACUUUUAGUACUGGCCAAAACUCAAGCAGAGUGGAAAUCAGCUUCUUGGAGAUUUAUAACGAGCGUGUGAGAGACCUGCUCAAGAAAGGAGAGCAGAAAAACCGAGUUUCCUUAAGAAUCAGAGAACAUCCUGAGAAAGGUCCCUACGUACAAGAGCUUUCUCAGCAUGUGGUCUCAGACAGCAAACAGGCCAUGGAGCUUCUAGAGGAAGGAAUUGCUAACCGGAUGACGGCAGCGACCCACAACCACGGCGCCAGUAGUAGAUCCCACGCCAUCUUUACCAUCCAGUACACACAGGCAGUCCUAGAAAAUAACCUUCCUUCAGAAACUGUCAGCAAGAUUAACCUGGUGGACUUAGCUGGGAGUGAGAGAGCAGAUCCCAACUACUGCAGGGACAGACUGACAGAAGGCUCCAACAUCAACAAGUCACUGGUUACCUUGGGAAUUGUCAUUUCAGCUCUCGCCCAGAACUCCCAGAUGUCCAGCAGCUGUCAGAGUAUCAACAGUGUGGCCUCCGAGGGUGACGGGAGCACGUUGGGAAGCCACAGCAGCUCCCUGUCAGGAGGAGGAGGCGGCGGGCGAAGGCACUGCUUCAUUCCUUACAGAGAUUCGGUUCUGACCUGGCUGUUGAAGGACAGUCUGGGUGGAAACUCCAAAACCAUCAUGAUUGCAACGGUUUCCCCCUCUGCUCACAGCUACAACGAGACCCUAAGCACCCUGCGCUACGCCGCUCAUGCCAGAAACAUUGUCAACAGGCCUCGGGUUAACGAGGAUGCAAACGUUCGUCUCAUCAGAGAACUGAGAGAAGAGAUUGACAGACUGAAGAGCAUGCUGCUCGGCUUUGAAAUGCAGCGUAACCUCAGUCCGUCCCUGAGUGAUGAGAGGGACGGAAGUCUUUCUGAAAUCGUGCUACAGAACGAAUUAAAGGUGGAACAGCUGACGAAGGACUGGUCAGACAGCUGGAGAGACAAGAAGGAGCUGCUAGAGCAGUAUAGUGUGGACAUCAACAGAGACCAGGCUGGUUUCCUCGUCAGUUCGCUUCAGCCACACCUGGUUUCUCUGGACAGAGACGUUCUCAGCACUGGGGUCGUCUUUUAUCACCUCAGGGAAGGAAUCACUCACAUCGGACCUCCAGAUCAAUUUGAAGAACCCCAUAGAGUCCUGCCGGGCAGAGCCAGAUGUGAGAUUGAAAACCACGGGGGUGUGGUAACGCUCAGACCGCUGCCGGGCUGCGUCUGCCUGCUCAACGACAGAGAGGUCACUGAGCCCUGCAGGCUGGCUCAAGGAACAGUCGUCACCUUGGGAGGCGUGCAUAAGUUCUGCUUCAACCACCCGGCAGAGGCGGCCAUCCUUCGGGAGCGCAGGCGGGUCAGUGAAGGAGGCACCUACGUGGAUCUUUGCCCCCGGACUCCUGCCGAUAAUGCUGAAGAAGCGACGCUGCCGCUGCAGCUGGGCACCUGCCUCGCUCCCACUGAGGAGUCUACAGCCAGGCAGCGCGUAGAGGAGCAGAAACGCUAUGUGGAGAGUCUACGGCAGGAGAUUCAGGCUGAGCAGAAACGAGCAGAAAGAGACCUGGAAAAAGAGCAGGACCACCUCCAACAGCAGCACGCCGAGUUCCAAAUGUGGAUUUUGCAAGAGAAACGUUGCCUGAAAACAGCAGAGCAGAGACUCACACAGGACUCUGGAGUUCAAGCAAACCUCCUCCCUGCUCCUCUUCUGGAAAAGCUCACUGGCCAUCGGAAGGAUCUUAGCUUGGAUUAUCCAUCCCAAGUGGUGAGGGUCAGGAAGAAAACGGUCCAGGAUGAGCUGCUAAAGCAUCACUCCCUCAGACGUGCCAAGAGCCGCCUCCGCCGCAAAAAGCUCCUCUACCAGCUGAAGAAAAUUGCCAACAAGCAGCAUCUGCUGGACGCUAAGUGGAGGUUACAGCAGCUGGAAAAGUCUCUUCCCUCAGGACUGGACAGUCAGGAGAUUCCUGAGAUGGAGACGCCGUUAAAACCCAAAGAAAAAAAAUGUGUUCCCCGAAGGCAUUCGUUUUCAGCAGAUAUUUUGUCUCGUCUCUACCCUCAGCACACACCAAUCUUCAGACACUUCCUCAGGAGAAACAAAUCCACCGAGCGGCCUUUAAAUACAUUCACAGCGUCUGAGUCUGUUGACGGCAGGAAGUGGGUUUCAGAUGAAUGUCUUCCUCGAGGAAGAACCCAAAGUUGUUCCAGCUCUGUCUUCUCUGGAAAACAUCAGUUUGGUCCAAAUCAAGUAAGCAUCUCUGAAAGUUUCAGACAAACCUCCAACGAAGAACCACAAGCUGAGCCAUGUCUGGGACAGUCGGAGAGAAAACCUCUGCUGCCAAAACGAGAUGUGUCUUUUAAGAACAGUCCGGACCAGAAGACAGCGCUAACACUGAAAUCACCUCCUAACUCUAAUUCAUUGCUACCAGUGAGCAAGGAAAAUAUACGAAUCUCUAAUACAGACAGAUUUGGAUCUGAGAAGAACUCUUUUCCAAAUGAUCAGAGCUCUGAUCAGAACUCUGGUUGCACAGAUAAAGACAGGCUGGAGAUCAUCAGUAAAGCUUUGUCUCAUUCUGUGGGACCCAGAUUAAAAACAGCUCUGUCCAACGUUUUCAGGAAACCCUCCUCAGGUGUGAAGGGAGGACGAGUCCUUAAGCCUCUCAGCAGGAUAGCAAAUAAAUUCUACUGGAGACAAAGAGGAGACAAGAACCUAAGGACCAAUCAAAGCGAAGGCAUCAUUAAAACAGCCAUUUCAUGUGAGGAGCUUGAUCAGAGGACUCCGGUUGAGAACCAAGGACAGAGGCGGUGGCACAGCACAGAAGCUCUGAUGAACAAGAACAGUGGACCGAUGGCUCACCAGCAGAGACUGGUUCGAUGGGUCGAAGAGUGGGGAGAAAGAGAUGAAGGGACAUCAGACUGUGAGAGUCUUUUCUCCCUCGACUCCCUGUCCUCUGCUUAUGCAACAGCCUUAGCAGAGCAGCUGAGAUACGAGGAAACAAGCGAAGCAGAAAGCGAAGACAGUGAACUGUCUAAAGAUUCCUUAACUAUGGAGAUCAGUGGAAAAUUUACGACAGUGAGGAGAUGUAAACAAACAGUGGUACCAACUUAUUCCCUGGUGAGAGAUUCUGCAGCACAGCCUGGAUUUCUGAAACCACCUGGAACCCCAACAGAAGCCUCCUCAGAUCCAACAAGGACAUCUCUUUCUCAAUCCUCCAUAGCUGCUGAUUCCAGGGGAAGAGAUGCUGUGGAUAAAAUAACAAACGACUUCAGGAAUAUGCCGUACAUUUUAUCCAACAGCCCAUGCUCUCUAAUCAGCUGCAGUGUGAGGGAAGAUUUGCAGGUAGUCACUGACACCUGGUCCUACGCUGAUACUGCUGAAAGUCCAAGGAUUGUCAGGAACUCUCCGCUUUUACAGAAACAAAUAACUCCCAGUCCUUUUGGGACAAAACUCUCAGACUCACUGAGUGGAUCUAAAACAUCCAUACACGCUAGCUCUGCGAUGAUUAAUGUCAAAACACUGGAGAAUGUCCUUGAACUGUCAAGAGAGUCUCAGGAUCGUCCAACUUCAGAUUUAUUGAUCUCAAAAACCCACAAAAAUGUAGGAUGUUUUAUAGAACAGUCGCAAGAUAUUCAAGUUACAGAUUCAAGGAGUUCAAGCUGCGGCACAAGCUCACCUGAGUCUUCACACCAAACUACAGAAGAAACAUCGGGUCAAUCUCACGUGUCUGCGGCUGGACUUGGUGUGGUGGCUGCCAACAUGACAAUGUCCUCGAUGUUCUCUGACAUGCGUAGCUCAAGUUUUCCAGCAGCUGUGCAUUUCUAUACAAGUUCAUCUAAUUACGGGGGAGUGCUGGAUGAGAUUAAGCCUUCAGCCAAAGCAGCCCCAGACACUGAUGGGACAAAUGUUACAGAUGUGCAACAAAGUUUUUUUAAGAAAGCAGAAGAUUUAACAGGUAAACGGACUGAAACCAAAAGCACCGAGCUGCCUGUUGCCUUGCAACAGGAUGUUGUGAAGUCGACUUGUAAAAAUUCCAGAAAAAGGAACAAAGACCAACAAAUUGCUUUUAUUGGAGGCCUGAAAAUUCCAAAACGGAGCGACGACGGGGAGUUGGAAACUUUCUCCUUCACACCGGGUGACAUUUUGGGUGGUAUUUGCCCGAGGCACCAUAAAAACAGCAGGGACUUUAAAGGAGAACGAUCUUUUGUGGAACACGACGACCGAGAUUGUGUUUGUAAUCAUGGCAAUGCUAGACAAGAUACCGCAGCUUCAGAUGUGCUUCCAUUUACUAAUAUCAAGAACAGAGAACAGGAGCCAAAUGGUCAGAUCUCUGAGUGUUUCCUAAAACACAGAGACAAGCGUUCACAGUGUGAUGCCACGGUAGGAAAUAAUGAGCACGUCGAAAAGGGGGAUGUAACACACAAGGAAGUUUUGGAAGAUACAGAAAAAGGAGAAUGUCAAACGGGUAGCUGCAAAAGUGCCAAACACUUAAGCAAAUCAGACGCCAUUUGUAGCGCAAUUGAUCUGAGAAUCUCUGAAGUGGUAAAAGAACACAUGCAACUGUCAGUGACUGGCAGAGAUGGAGCCCGAAACAGCAGGAGUCAAAGUCUGAACACACUGUCAUCAUAUGUGCUUCAUUGCUGCUCUGAUCGUGAUGAACGUAGAUGGACAGGAGAGCAGCUGAGGGAUGAAAAAGGCAACGAUGUGAAAGAAAUCCAGAACUUCUGCGGAGAUCUUUCAGUGGAGACGGGGCUGAGCAAAAAUGUGUUAACUAUGAAUGAGCACCUGACAAGCAAACUGAAUACUGGACACAAAUGUUUUGACUCUCAAGAAAAUACAAAUGAAGAUCAACAAAGUGUUGCAUCCACCUGUAAUCUGGUCAUGAGAGAUCAAGUGGACAACCAGAUCCGAUCAGAUGGCCCUGGUUGUAAUGCUGACCUCGUUUGUCAAUUUCAGACCAAACACACAGGUACAAAACCUCAGAAACUAAACCAAGAAACAUCUUCCACCAUGAUUACUGCUUUAGAGGAUUUUCAUCCUACAGCUACACCUAAUAACAAUUCAUCCAAUCAAAAUCCACCAAAGAUCUUUCAGCAUUUCCAAAACAGCCAUGAAAUCUCCGGGCUCAAUAAUUUACCAGCUGAUGUGAUAUCGCUAGACAAAUAUAACCACAUCCAGAUUACUCUUAAUCCUGUCCAUGAAGGAAACGAUGAGAUGUUUCAUAAAUCAGGGGCUAGACCAUCUUUCAUAAUUCAGGAACAACUCAGCCGUUCACAUUCAGAGACCUUGGCUCAGACUUCUCUCUUCAACAUGAACCACAAAGAAAAAUGUAAAAAUCCAUCCAGUUCCCCACGAAGCUUCAACCAGCACCAUCAAGUGGACAGCAAUGAAGCUUUUGAAUUAAAAAAUGCUGGGUUAGAAAAUCCACACGUAUCUGCUGAAGAACUCUUAAUGCCUGAAGAACGCAGACUUAUUAAAACGAGCUGUUGUCAUUCUGUAAUGAUGUCUAAAGAGGCCGCGAUGAAUAAAGCUGGAGCUAUGUUAGGGAAUUCUGCAGUCAAUAAAAAAAUCAAGAGGUUCAGGAAGUCUAACAUCAAAACCUGUCCCACUUCUUCCUCUGACUCGUCUCUCAAGUCAUCCGAUGAGGAAGAUGUGGAGAAACUGGGAGCUAGAAUGCAUCACAGCAGGCUAACCUCUAAAUGGGUUAAGCUGGGUGCAGAGAAUGAUGUCAGUCAGACUCGUGAUGAGGAAAGGUCUGCUCCAGUGUCUGCAGUCAAAUCUAAAUUGAAGGUUCAUAAUAGAAACAGAGGUACAUCUAAUAAUGAGUACUCCUCUGAAAGGAACCCUUCACCCCCUCAAGCGGCUUCAUGGCAAACGGUAGCAGAAAAAUUCAGCCUCUGUGGAAAUAAACGUGAAGGAAGCCAUUUAAACUGUCAAGACUCCCCCAUUCAUUUUGAUUCCAGUGACAUCAACCCAUUCGUCCAUCAGUGGCAGUGUGAUGACUCAAACCAGCACUGCUACAGGAACCCGGCUUUCGGAAGCGCUGCCGAUCUGUCCUCUACAUCUCCGCUUUUAAACGGCUCGGAAAAACAAAUGACAAGGUGCUGCAGCGCAGAAAAUGGUUUAAAUGGACAGAAUUCCCCUUUCAACUCCCACCUGAGUGCCCACGCAACCAACAAGGGGCUCUCCAGCACGCUUAGCAGCAUCGAGGAUUGCAAGGGAAAAGCUAACUCGCAGCGCAGUAGCUUAGCCGGUCAGACUCUAAACAGCAGUUGCUCCGGUAACGAUGUUCCUGGUGGUUUUAGUAACAACUCCAGUCAGGUGGACGAAAUCAUGCUUGUUUGUUCAUCUGAGCAAGAGUCAACGAUAAAAGCACAGAGGUGGAGGACGCAUGAACUCGGCACUCAAACUGAAUGUCAGCUUGAGAUGGUGUGCUGCAGAAGCAACGGUAGUGCUUUCAAAAGUAAAGAUCACCACAAACGGAGCAAAACGGACGUUCCAUCAUCUCGGAGAGGCAAAGUGGAUGUUAAACAAUCUCCAACGUGGGCCAGUAUGGAAAACAUGUCGGCUCACAUCACCAAGUUGAUCGACAGCACUUCAGACCUGCUAGGGGACGUCCAGGGGAUGAGGACGGGUGAAGUCAACAAGACCAGUUCAAGGAGCAUCAGCUGGUCUGAGAACAGCCCCUCUACCAGAUGGGACCGCUCCACUCACACAACCUUAGAUGUUGGGAUUCAGACAGAGUUUGCAGCUGCGCCAGCAGUCAGAGAGCGAUCCAAUUCUCAUGAAAUCAACGUGGUAGUGAAAGUGAUCGGUUCUGAGCAGAAUACACACUGUGUGAAGCAUAAAUGUGCAAGAAUUAAGAGCACACCUGACCUGAGAUUGAACAAGUCUGCUCCUUCGCACUCAGAUCCCGACCCAAUCAGAUCACCCUGGACAAAAGGUGCAGCUGAUUGUCACAGACGAGUAAAAUCUGCCUCAUCUCGAUUCUCAAAGCUCAGCAAUCCCGAGUCUCCGAGCUGGAGAAGUGCUGCCAUAUCCGAAAUCCAAAAUAGAUCACCAAAAAAGUACUGCCAAGGUAAUCACAGCCCUUCUUCAUCAAAACAUUCUUCUGCUCUGUGCACAAAAACAGCUACCUACACAGACCGUGCAUCAUCUCCCAUUGUUACCGUGGGAACACGUUUCAGACAGAGAGGGAAACAAUCACACUGUCAUCCAGAAUGCAAGAGUCAAAAAAUAACCCAUCCCUCAGAGGACGGAAGCCUUACAGUUCCCUCUGUUUCAGGUGCCAUUCAAAGUCCCAGACAGGACUGUGAGGUUUCCUCCAAUAAAUCAGAAACUGUAUCUCUGGAGAGGGUGAGUGAAGUGAGCUGCUCCAGUCCUCCAGAAUCAGAAAAGAGCCUUUCAAGCCCCAGAUUAUCACUGGAUAAAUAUGCAGAUGCUGAAAAGAGAAGCAUGUGCUUCAAAGAUGAGUGCAGCCACCGGUGCAGCUCCAAACAGCAGGUAACGCCCCAACAGUGGAGCACCGCUAUUUCUCCCACACCAAGUCCGAGCGGUGUGCAGGAACAGAAGAAAUCCAGCUUCACAGCUGGCUCCGGGGACUUUUGCUUUGAGGAUGACCUGGAAUCACCAAGUGAGUGCAGCACAGAAGUCCUUGUAAACGCUAAACCUUCCACUUGUGUGUCUCCUCAUGAGGACAGUCAGAAAGUCCCAGAAGACCUGCCCAUGCACGAUAAGUUCACCAACUGGUCAGGAGUCCGCCACCACCAUCAUCAACGGUCAAAACACCCAAACAAACAGACGUUACUUCCACGUUUUGACCACAGAAACUGUCCUGAGUGGGGUGAGACGGAGAGCUCUGGUUUAAACAUGGAGGCCGUGGCUCAGAGGGACAGAAGAGCAACAGAGAUAAUGAAGCUACGUCAGGAGAGGGAGCGGGUGAUGGCAACUGUCAGCCUCAAUCCCAGCCUGAUGCCUUUGACUGUGGAGCUAAAGGAGGCAAAGGUCCAUUAUGGGCUGGGAGAGACGGAUGCUCUGCUGAAGAUUCCCUCCCCGCGGUCCAAAGAGGAGCGGCAGCAACGGACCUCAGCUCCUACCAACCAGCAGCUGUAUGACAGACAUCGUCUGAGCAUCGAGGGUCUGAGGCAGGACAGGAAAGAGCGCCUCCAGAUGUAUCGGAGAGCUCGCAGUCUGAGUCCCAGCAAAAAUCCACAUUCCCUUCCUCAAGAAACCGAUUCUUCCCCUAAGGUCUUUACAGCUAUUCCCACUCAGUGCAAGAAGUACCUUCAACAGCUUCGCCAGGAGGUGAUAGACAACACCAGAUUACAGGAGCCAUGUAGAGGAGAGAGUCCGUAUCCGUCUGACAUUGAACAGCUGCUGCGGGAUUACGGCCGAGCUCGGGAAGAAGCCAGGACGGAGAUCGCAAAAGCAAGAGAACGACUGAGAGAGAGGACAGAGCUGGAGAAAAGGAGGCUGCAGCAACUUGCUCUGUCCCAGGAAAUCAAGGAUGACCUGAAGCAUCGGACAAGAAUCAGCAACAGCACGUUGUGCACAGGGUCCAGUUUGAGUCUGUCCUCUGGACCAACAUCUGGAUACAACAGCAGCCACACACCUCAGCUGCAGCAGUUCACCAAACCUGCCGUAAACCGAAAGAUCACAGGGAUCCAAGAAGAAAAGGCGCUUAGGGCACGCCCAGCUACACGUGACUCGGUGAAAACAAAGCUAACGUGGCGGUCAGCUCAAGAUGUCGACCUCGAACCUCCUGUUGGUGACUUUGAGCCACUGAUGGCUUCCUCUCCAUCACCGCCAGUAUUCGGACGCAAACGCACUGCAUCCUUUGCCUCCGCCUCUUCUGUAACAGCAACCUAUCAGGACAUUACAUCUAGUCUCAUCAAUCAGGUUCUGGCUGAGGUCAGAUCGGCCUCUUUCGGGAAUUUGGGUAAUCUGCUGACGGGCAAAGCCACAGGAGAGUGGAAAUACCAAGGUGAGGAACGAGGAAUUCAGGUGUUCUACAAGCCUUCCUCCAGCCCGUCUGUUCACAGUUUUCUGGGGAUUGGGGAACUGGACCGACCCCUGGAUGGUCUGUGGAAUAUAAUCUGCCAGAUGUCCAAAAGCCACCUGUAUAAUCCGUCUGUCCGCUCCAUGUGGACACGACCACUAGAUGACAGCACUCAGCUGGUUUACAUCCUAACAGAUCCAUCCGCCUGUCACCUCAGCCAGCCACGAGACUUCUGCUGCAUCAGCACCGAGUCCAAGCAGGGUGGCCUAAGCGUGCUGGCAAUGCAGUCUGUGUUUGAGGAGUCUCUGCCCAGACCCAGUGUCGACGCCAUCCGAGGGGAGAUGAUGCCCAGCUGCUGGAUCCUGCAGCCAGUCAGACGUCGUGGACAAGAGCUCACUAGGGUCACCUACCUGCUACAGGUGGACCUUGGGACUCCGUCGUUUCCUCCUCGUCUCCUCAACACUGUUGCCAAGAGACAGGCAGCUGUCAUUGCUGAUCUUGACGUCUUCUUCUCAUCACAAAUGAACAAAACACACUAAUGCACGUUAGCAGUGAGCACUCAGACCAAAACCCCUUCAGCCUGGAGUCAGCCGGUCUUUUAAAUUUACACCUAAAUCUUGUUUACUUGACAUUUUUUAUUUUAUUUUAGAGGCACUGUUAGGUUCAUUUCCCUACUAAAUGUUGUAGCAGCUUUUUUCUAUGAAGCAUUUUUUAGAUAAAAUAUUUAUAUAUUUUUUAUAUUUGUAUAUGAAGGCUUAAAAAAAAAAAGAAAUCUAUUUGACCAAAGAUUCAUCAAAAUGUUUAGACACAAACUUUCCAUGUUGCAAUACUUUUUUUUAGCUUUUCCAGGGUUCACGAGACUUUUAUUAGUCUAUUAAAGAAAAUUGGAGAUAAUAGUGCCUUAAAUUUACAAUUUAUCCAGUGUUUUAAACCCACAAGCCGGUUCUUUUCUUGUUUUAUUGCACCAACACCAAGUUUUUACUUUUUCAAGAUAAAAAAAUGUACUUCAUUUCUACCCAGAGCAGUUAUUUAUUCACAAACUGAUUCGUUCUGUUUCUAUGAGCAAUGUAGAUUUGACCAGAAAUGACUUUAAUUAGCUGAAAAUGUCUUUCUGUAGUUCACUAGCAACAAAAGCUAAGACCUGCACGAGAAAGUAGCUUCAUGUAGUUAAAAACUGCACUUGAAUGUGUUUAUUUUUGUGAGUACUACCAAUGCCACCCUGAAGAACUAGUUAGCUGUGAAACAGAAGAAAAGUCACGUUUUUGGAUGGAGCAAACUAAAAGAGUCAAAUCAAUGUUUGUAGUUUUCCAUUCGCAUUUUCUUCCGUUCUGGUUUAGAAAUACCGUUUUUAGCAGUUGUAGUGAUGUUGUAACGGUUGGUGCUGGGUUUGCAGCUGCUUGCACAUGACUUUUUAUGCUAAUUGUUUGUGUUGCAUUGCUUUGUUUGUACGUUAUUUAAUUCUAUGCAGACGCUGAUCAGAGAUGGGAGUUCUUCGUCAUGAAGCCAUAUUAGUUAUUGUGAGGUUCAGGAAGCUUAGGCUCAGUUUCAGAGCAACCAAAGAAGGAAAAGUGAAGCAAAAAAUAAAAAAUCAGUUUUUGUACAAAAAUAUCUAUUUUGAUCUAUACAAUUUGAAAUAUGUUGUUCCACUUGUUAUUUAUGGUGUGUUGCACAGGUGUUUUGUUAUACGUGUGAUGCGUCCUGUGGUUAAUCAUUUGUUCUGUUUUUUAAUGAAAACAAUAAAUACAGUAGUUGUAAACAA